UUUUCUCUUGUUUUAUUCUCUUCCUGUACUUUUGUAAUUUUUUUUAUUUCUUUGUUUUUGUAUAAUUAAAUUAUUGGGAGAAAAAUAAUUUAAAAAACUAACAAUUUUCACACUGUAUGGUAUUAAAAUUCUUCAUUAAUAAUCCUAAAAUAGCAUGCCUUGAUAAUUAUAACAAUAAAUCUGCAAUAAUUGCCCGAUGAAUGUUACUAACACAGUUAUACAUAAUUGCUAAGCUGACAGCCGCGUGUUGACUCCAGCACGGAUGCAUAUUAUUGGCAGAAAUUGAUCGCACGUGGUAGAAUCUCACGGUUACAGCUGUACAGCCUAAAUUUUAUAAUCCCUCCGGCUGAAGUUUUAAUGCCGAAAAUCCGUAGGAAAUAUUUUAACGGAAACGCGUCGGUCGCGUGUCAAUUUUUCGCAACAGCUCCAAAAAAUUCGCUUCUCCCAAUCGAAUCGAACGCUUCCUGGACUCGCGACCGGACGUAAUUGCGGUGAAAGUGUAUUUUUCUCCGAUCGUGCGGACCCAUAAGUGAAGAGGAGGCGAUAAAGUUGCCGCGGCCAGAUGCUCUUGAGUAAGCCAGUGAAAGUUCAGGAUGAGCCCCAUGUCUCCCUGCUUUGCGAGGAUGUCUCGUACGCACUUUUCUGCAUUAGGUAACGCUGCGAUUUCGCGACGACGUAACGUGAACGUCCCGGCGAGAUCCGGCACGUGAAAUUCGACGUCUGCUCAAUUGCGACAUGCCGCUCGCGUUUUUACAUCUCCGUCGCUGCCAAUAUCGCGUUGAUUGACGAGGUGACGAACGGCUGUGUGGCCGGUCAUUUCGGCGCGCUGUACGCGCAUUUAUUUUCAUCACGUGUCGUGUGCUGAAUAUUUAUUGGAUCAUUAAUGCCAGAAUUGUGAUUUGAGAGCAACCAUCCUGCUUGCUUCGGGAAAAUGGUCAAAAAAUUCGAUUGAUUAGAUUUAAAGAUAUGCUGCUAUUUAAAGACAGAUAUGAUUUAUAUUAUACGUUUUUAAAAUAUUUGAACAAAAAGCGAUUAAAUAUUAAAUUAUUUUUAUUGUAUUAACAGUAUUUGACUUUUAUAUUUAGCUAAUUUUUAAUUUAACGUUUUUAAUUUUUUGCCAAAGUUACGAUAAGCAAUAAGCACAGACCAAAAAAGGAAUUAUAAAAAUUUUUACUACGUUUUUCAUCAAAUUGUCAUGGCAUUUACAUUACUUAUGGUAUAAUUUUUUGAAAUUUUUAUCGUACAUAGUAAUCUUUCAAUUCCUAAUUACUAUCAUACAUAGUAAUUCUUUAUAUAAAAUUUUCUCUGUAUACAUAUAAUUCUAUAAAUAAAAAAACUAUUGUUAUACGUGGCCCACAACAGAAUAAACCAAGCGUAUUAAUUUAAGAGUAAUUUAUGCAUUAAUAUAGAAAUUAUAAAAAAAUAGUAUUACCUGGCAUAUUUUCCCUAUUUACCUGUGUCAUAGGUAUAAUUUAAAUCUAUUUAAGUAUAAUUUCUUUGUUAAUUUAAUUUUAAUAUUUUAAAAUAAUAAAAUAAUUUUUAACAUCUAGCAUCUAACAUCUAGUGUUUUUAAAGUCAUUGGUAAAUUUUUAUCGACACGAUUUACGACCGUUCGAACUUUUAUUGCUCAAAUGGAAAGCGAUAUUUUCAGUCAUCGUUAUCCAUAGAUUGCGACGCUGACGUUUAAAGAAAGCGGUGAAAAUCGUGAGUACGCAACGAAUGAAACUCGUUUUGAUGAUGUUGACCGACACACUUGACUCUAACUUUACAAGAAUAUCUUUCCAUAUAUCUUCAGCUCUAAUUGCAAGAUUGCAAUCAUGCGCUCGUUAUUUCCGUAAUUGCGUACCGGAUUAUCGAUACUUUUAUAGAACACGAACAUUAAUACUCAGUUUUAAUAUAUCCCUUUGAACGUUACAAGGAAAAUUCGCACACACACAAUCCGGAAUAAUUGAAUCGGCAUUUCUUCGGAACGAUCGUACGUGCUCGCCAAAACAGGGAAGGGAGGUGAAAGUGAGAUCGCCAUUGCCGGAGAUCGAUAGCCAACACAUUGUUACGUCGCAUCUGGCGCGAUUUCUUACACUUGCCCCUGACUUUCAGAUCGCCGCAUUCCUCCUGAUGCACGGCCUCUGCAAUGCGGAGACCAGCAGAAACAGGGGGAUCAAGGUGAACGACUCGGGCAGCAUUGAGCGUCCCGUUGCUGACGAUGCUGUCGACGAUGUUGAUUCGGAUGCUGAACGGGACGAGGAAGGGCAGCGAAAAAACGGCGAGGACAUCCUACCAAUCCUACCGCCGUUAAUACUUCUGGACUUUGAUAACGGCACAAUUGAAGAUAACGCGACCGACGAGAAGUCGAAGCGCACCGUGAACGACGGCCUCGGUUACGGAUUCGACCGUAAUUCCUUACGCGCCCCGCGAAAGUACAAUUAUUACUUCCCCGCGGGAAAGACCGGAACCACCGUGAGCAUAGAGGAAUCCAUCAGCCCAUUUCUCCCGAGGACCAUAAUUGAAAAGGUAUUGUCGGACAAUCAGAAAUUGAUUUCCAGCUCGUUACCGGAUUUCAGGCAGCAGGAUGUCCGCGAUUCGACGGACACGAGGUAUCAGUAUUACAAUCCCACGACGAAGCCGCCGCUGGUAUUCGGGCUGCGAACGAAGUUGACGAAGACGUCCGAUUUCGAGCCUUACCAGGGGUUCUCGCCGAUCGCGAGGCCCUCCAUCGACGGGUACGCGAACGCGAACUAUCAGAACAACGCGUACGCGUCCACGACGCCACAAUCUUUAACGUUUGGCCCGGCGGAUGCGGCAACGGGCUACGUCACCUUGAGUCCGCCGUCUCAAAGAUACCUAGGGCAGAGCGCCCAGCAUACGAUAAACGUACACAGUUACGUAAGACCGAAGCAAAGCAUAGCGCAAACCUCAAAGUCCAGUCUCCUCGAACCCGCCGCUCUCACGGAAGAGUUGAACCCUCGCGACUACGUUCGACCGGGCUCGACGACGGUGGAAUCCUCGACUCCCAAUCCCGACGACACGUCCGGCUACGCGGAGGACGCCAGGCCGUUCCCCAAUCUGCCGCGGUACACGGUGGAGAACGGCGUCAGAUACGAGAACAAGAUAUUCUGGAAGUAUUCGGACGGCAGAGUGUCCGACGAACCGCCGAGGACAUACGAGACUUACUCCGAGUAUCCGUCGUUGGCCGCGUUACAGGCCGCCAGAACUCAGGACGCGUCGCAGAUCUACGAAUCCGCCUCCACGGAGAACAGCGUGAUAUCGCAAGGCCCGGUACAGUUUCCGGUGGCGCCGGAACCCCACGGCUCACGAAAUCCGUUCAUCUCGGCCAAUUCCCUGUCCCGUCUGCAGCAGCAGCCGCAAGCGUUUCGAUUGGGCUAUCAAAACUUUGUCAAUCAUAAGCAGGCGAUUUCGCAGCAAGUGCAAGCCGGCAGCGGAGUCUCGCCCGCGUACUCGGUCGCCUCUGCGACAACCCUGUCGCCGCUGAGGAGCUCCUUCAAGACAAUCGGAAAGAUACCGAGGAACCGAUACGAGAUCUCGAGAUCACCGAUCUCGAAGUACAUGGUGAACAGUCCAAAUCCGGAAUACGUCGACAUCGUGGAGAGAAACGCUAAACCCACGAGGCUCUUCACUUCGUCGGCUGGUGGCAAGAAGAUCAACGCGGCAGGAGGCAAGAAUCUGGACGGCUACUCGAAUCUGCAGUACUCGGACUUGCUGAACUACAACCCGUCCAUCUCGCAGUACAUCAAGAAUCCCGCGUCUAUCCUCAACGUGCGGCCGACCUUCGUGCAAGCUGGGAGCUCUCUGAUACCCGUGAUCAUUCUAAGAGUGGACGGCGUGCCGCCCAUACAACCCAAGCCCACGCCGAACGUGAACCUGAAAGCCCUGCUGCAGCAAUACCUCGUUCAGUACGCCAGAAGUAUCGACGAAUUGGCGCAACAGUCCAAUUACGAUCUCGGCGACGAUCAGUCCCCGAAGGAUCAGAGUUCGUUCUCUACGAGCCCUCUGCACGAACUUACGCGAUUGAUACCGAGCGGUGGUGCUCGGGACUUGAUCGGCAAUCCUACGGAAUCCUACAUAGGCAAAUCGAGUUACGAGACGAGCAAUCUGGACGCCGAGAAAGAUCUGUCAGAUGGAAAAUACGGUGAGCGCACGGCGGCUCGGCUGAAAGUGAAGAGUGUGCAGAUCAUAGAGGAUCCGAGGCUCUUAAAUCACAGGCUUUAGAACGGAAUCGCGAUCGAUAGAAAGCCGCGAAGACACCUCUUGACUUUCGUGUUUUAUAAAUUGGGGUUUUCAAAAUGUAUUACAUUCAGAUAUAUUAUAAUAUGUAUUUUUAAAUCACGUUUUUAUUUGCAUUUGAAGAAUAUUAUUAAGAUAAAAAAAAUAACAGGUUAUAAGUACCGAUAAACAUAGAUAGAACACGAAAGUUGAGUCGAUCAAAGAAACGAUCAAUCGAUACGGCAUUAGCUAUUGGCGAUAUCAAACCCGGAGUACGAAAGUUUUUGUAUGAAAAAAUUCGUUUUUCUCUAUAUUAUUCUCUAAUUUUAAAUAUAAAAUAAUUGCAAUGUAUAUUGUUUGGCACAUUACGACUUCAAAGAAUGAACGCUUCGUGCCAUGAACCGAUUUACGAAAACGUUAGCGAGAUAAUAGUAAUCGGAUGUAAUAGUGAUACGAUAGUAUUUAUAACGUGGGAUUGUGCAAUGUAUUGUGCAUACAAACGUACCUGCGCUACUGAUUUGCUGAGAACACGCAAAGUUUAAUGGUAUUAAUAAAUUUCUCUGUCGUUCUCGGGAAAACAGUAGUAAGAAAAGCACACAUGUUGCUUUGUGAACGUGCUUAUAAAAAAUCAGCCAAAUUUCCACACUUCAGAAAGGUACCUUAUAUAAACCGUAGCGCUUAAGUCCUUAUUUGCAAUUUAAGUUAAUGAUUUGUAUACAUCAUUAUAAACGAAUAAGCAAGUAAGAAACCGAUUUUUAUAUAAAUUAGAUAUGUAUUGUUUGUACCUCAAUUAAAUUUUUAUUAGAAA